UUUCAGUAAAGCUAGAGCUCAAUAAAUAUUCAAUUAUUUUUAUUUAUUUCCCCGUCAUUACUAUUUUCAGAUUUUUGUCUCUUUCCCCGCUCUCGUGCUCUCGCCGCCGACUGCGUAACGGUCGCCGGCCGCAUUACGCCGACAAACACGUUCCUUCCGCCGACGUUUCAAAAAUCUGUUCCCUCGAAGUUUCUAAGAUUCGAUUGCGUACUCGUUUUAACUUCCCGAAAGCGUUUCUCAGGAGGUGAGCACAAUGAUUGGAUCGUUUCUAACCAGAGGACUUGUAAUGGUGUUUGGAUAUGCGUAUCCUGCUUAUGAAUGCUAUAAGGCAGUUGAGAAGAAUAAGCCUGAGAUUCAGCAGCUUCGUUUCUGGUGCCAAUAUUGGAUUCUCGUGGCUGCUUUGACCGUUUUUGAAAGAGUUGGGGAUACUUUCGCGUCCUGGUUGGUGUUAUUGAUAUCAAAAUACUUUCAGAUGUGUAUAUAUACUUAUGUUGUUUCUGUCCUGUUUUCAUCAAGGGUACCACUGUACAGCGAGGCAAAGCUGGCGUUUUUCAUAUAUCUUUGGUUCCCUAAGACCAGAGGAACGACAUACGUUUAUGAUUCUUUCUUUAGACCAUAUGUUGCAAAGCACGAGAAUGAAAUCGACCGCAACUUAGUUGAGCUAAGGACCAGAGCUGGAGAUAUGGCGGUGAUAUACUGCCGAAAAGCGGUCUGCUAUGGACAGACAAGAGUCACUGAUAUCCUGCAGUUUGUAGCUCUACAAUCAACACCAAAACCUCAACCCAAGGAAAAGAAGCAGACUCCACCAGAAGAAGCGGAACAGAAGCAACCGGAUCUCAAGGCGGCCAGCCAAGCAGGUUCUAGUCCUCAAGCGCGUCCACAACCCAAGAAACCACAGCUUCUAACCAAAGAACCUGUACCGGUAAAGCCUAUUAUACCUCCUCGUAAGCAGCUGCAGCAACAACAACAGCAAAUAGAAACCAAGGAAGCAAAACCAAGCGCAUCACAAACCAAACUCACUCCUCUUCCUCCACCAUCAUCACCUUCAACCGCCCCUAAACCAAACGCUGAUCCAGCACAGCCAUCAUCGACUACAGAGGUAGAUAAAGCGUCAGAGACUGUUGCUGCUUUACCAGCGUCUGCGAUUAAGCGAGCGUCAUCUUCGAAAGAGACAAUCAGGGAGACAAUAAUGGAGGAAACACUAAGGGUCACACGUGGGAGUCUGAGAAAAGCUCGUUCAACGGGGACACGCUAAAGGAAUAAUAGAGAAGGAAACACACGAGUUCAAAACUCGGUCUGGUCUUUAAUGUGGUCUCUUUUUCCUCACGAAGUCAACCUAAACAAGAAUAAUCGAUUUUAUUGGAAAAAAACUGGAAUCAUUCGUCUGUUAAGUUAAUGUAAAUUGCUCAGACUUGAGACUA